AUGUUCUUUCUCUUCGCACUGCUCGCCGAGCUCGGAAGGCUGUGUGCCUGCCUCGAUUCUGAAGAAAUAUUUCUGCAGAUAACAGUUCCACGGAAAAUAAAAUCAAAUGAGAGUGAAGAGUCAGAGAAACAAGUGAUUUAUAACAUAACAAUUGAUGAAAAACCAUAUACCUUGCAUCUCAUAAAAAACUCAUUCUUAUCCAAUAAUUUUUUGGUGUAUACGUAUAAUGAAACUGGAUAUUUGCAUUCUGAAUCAAGAUAUUUUAAGACACAUUGUCAAUACCAAGGCUAUAUUGCAGAUUUCCCAAAUUCAGUUGCAACACUCAACAUCUGUUCUGGACUCAGGGGACUCAUUCAAUUCGAAAAUAUCAGUUAUGGAAUUGAACCACUGGAAUCUUCAGCAAGAUUUGAGCAUAUAAUUUAUCAAGUGAAAAGUGACAAUGCAGAUAAUUCAAGAUUAGGAGGCAAUUACAGAAAUAUCUUAUAUAAAGAUCAAUCUUCUGAAGCUUUUUGGAGUUCUCAGGUAAUUGUGAUAAUUUUUAUACUGUGA